AUGCACCUUCUAGAGUCUAGACUCUUCCAGAAGAUCAAAGUCAUUCUAGGCUUGAUUGUGGCCAUCCGGUUGUUGUGGCCAUCUCAGUCCCAGGACCUCAAACCUCAAACCAUCCCUCGACCCCGACCUCCGAGUAGCACGGAUUACAAGAGGCGCCACGCUCCCACCCGGUACGAAGGGAUAUCUCGGUCCCUGAGUUUUCUCUCAGGGCCCGACCUGCUCUCCCUCCGUAGAAUGCACCUUCUAGAGUCUAGACUCUUCCAGAAGAUCAAAGUCAUACUAGGCUUGAAUGUGGCCAUCCGGUUGUUGUGGCCAUCUCAGUCCCAGGACCUCAAACCUCAAACCAUCCCUCGACCCCGACCUCCGAGUAGCACGGAUUACAAGAGGCGCCACGCUCCCAGUCAACAAUAA